UACGAUUUUAGGGACCACACAAUGGGUAAUUCUCGAAAGAAGAGUAAAUCAAAGAAUAAUCAAAAUAAUACAAAUUAUGAUAAUUGUUUCAGAAUUGGCUGGGAUGACUUAUCUGAUAAGAGAAUUCAUUACGAAUAUUACAAUGAAUUGUUACGAGUACAUGUUAUAACUACGUACCCUACUUUUAAACUUAAAAAGAAAGGUGAAAAAGACUCAUUUGAAAUCACUCCGGAAUGUAAAAAAGCACAGAAAG